CUAGGGAGUGAAGCGAGAGAUUUUCCAAGGCCACCCAUAAACGUCAACUAGCCUGUAACCCGAUAGGCGUUAUUAUUAGUGGCAAAAAGAUUACUGCAACCUCCCCACACAGAGCUAAAAAACCAGCCAGGAAGCAAGCUAGCUGGAGGCACACGUACGGUUUUUCUUUCCUGCUUCGUAAUCAUAAACAAUUAUAUUCCUCAUUUCCAUUUCAUUUUCCAUCUUCUCCCCCAUUUUGCCGGGGAAACCACUUUCUUUCCCUUUGUUUUCCGCCGGUAUCGUUUUUCCAUGGCUGAAACCGGUGUUGUCCGGUUUCCGGGGAGUUUAGACCCACGAGCGGAAGAGUUCACGCCGAGAAAUCAAACUCUUUACCGGCCGGCUCAACUUUUCUACCCUUGCGCACCCACCGAUGGUGUUCCGCUUCAGCCUUUACCUUUUUGUAAUGCUGCUCCGGUUGGUGUUCCGUAUCCGCCGUUCUGUUCUCCUGCGGCGUAUGUUGGCCCCCUGGCUCCGCCGACCGCGACGACGACGACGACGCCGCCUCCGUCAUCUUCCUCCCCCUCGCCCACCCGGUCGCUGCUGCUCAGCUCGGUGCCGGCGGAGGUGGUGAGCGAGUCGAUGAUAAGGAGGGAAUUGGAAGUUUUUGGGGAUGUGAGAGGGGUUCAGAUGGAGAGGGUUCGGGAAGGAAUAGUGACUGUUCAUUUCUACGACCUGAGACAUGCAGAGACGGCGCUAAUGGCGAUUCGGAAGCAGCACAUGCAACAACAAACCAGGCUCCGUAAUUUCUAUUCCUCCAUUUUGAAGUCCGGCAAUUCAGCGUCGGAGCCGGAUUGUUACUCCGUCAUCGCCCCACUGCCCCCGCCGGCGCGUGGGCUGGUCGCCGGUCGUGCGGUUUGGGCCCAGUACAUUGUCCCGGCGUAUAACGCCGUCCCUCAAGGGCAGAACCAAGGGACCAUCGUGAUUUUCAAUUUGGAUUCGGCGGUGUCCACAGAAACUCUCCGACAAACAUUCGAGGCAUUUGGUCCUGUGAGAGAACUGAGAGAGACGCCAUUGAAGAGGAAUCAAAGGUUUGUGGAGUUCUUUGAUGUGAGAGAUGCGGCCAGGGCGUUGAAGGAGAUGAACGGUAAGCAAAUUAACGGUAUGGCCGUUGUGAUUGAGUUCAGUCGUCCCGGUGGGCAUGGCCGGAAGUUCUUCACCCACCCUACAUUCUCCAAAAACGCAACGCCGUUGAACUUCCAACCUCCUCCUCCUCCUCCGCCGCCGCCGCCGUUCGCCCGUAAAAACGCACGUCGUUUUGCUGCUGUUUCUCCCCCGUCUCCUCCUCCUCGCGCUCAUCUUCCUCAGCCCAAGAACAAGGCCAACGAUACCGCUAAUCUGGGAAGUGUGAACUCGGUUUCUUUGAGUGGGGUAUUAGUAGAAGAGAAGCAACCGGAAGGGCCUGCGCCGGGGAAUGCUGCCGUGAAGAACUGUGGCGGUGAGGCGGUGGUGGCGGGAAGCACGAAGCAACCCAGAAGUAGGAAUUGGAAGGGGAAGCAAGGGAAAAAGCAGGAGACAAGGUUUCUAAUUAAGGAAGAUGCGAUUGUGGAAUCGAGUUGCAAAGAUUCCAGAACUACUGUCAUGAUCAAGAACAUACCCAACAAGUACAGUCAGAAGCUGCUAUUGAACAUGCUGGACAACCACUGCAUCCACUGCAACGAGCAGAUUGCCGGCGGCGGCGACGACCAACCAUUGUCGUCUUACGACUUCGUUUACCUCCCCAUUGAUUUCAACAACAAGUGUAACGUGGGGUAUGGGUUUGUGAACAUGACAUCGCCGGAGGCAACGCUGAGGCUGUAUAAAGCAUUCCAUCUUCAACAUUGGGAAGUCUUCAACUCCAGAAAAAUAUGCGAAGUCACGUACGCAAGGGUUCAGGGUUUGGAUGCUUUGAAAGAGCACUUCAAGAACUCGAAGUUUCCAUGCGAGAUGGAGCAUUACUUGCCGGUGGUGUUUUCUCCGCCUAGAGACGGUAGGCAACUGACGGAGCCACUUCCGAUCGCGGGUCAGAAGCAGCCAGGAGAAGCCACUGAUGUGGCCGACUGUAAAGCAAUUAAUGACGAUGUUGACGAUGGUGAGGACACAGCAGACGGCGGCGGCCGCGAACAGAAGCAUGGCAUGCAGAGCGGCAGGAGCAGCAGCGAAAACGGCGGCGGGGAGGUUGAAGAUGACGACGACGAUGAUGACAGAAGAAGAAGUAGUGAAGGAGGAGAAGAAAUGGGAAGAGAUUAACAGAGAAUGGAUCUGCGUGCAGUGACAUUUUACGAUACGAAUCACAGAGAUCGUUGGUGAACGAGCCUCAUCUGUAUAGCUUAACCUGCCAGCCAGCUUCUUCUCUGUCAUCAUCAUCAUCAUCAAAGUAUUCAUUUUGUUCUUUUUUAAGGCUUCUUGGUUUGGCCUCUUUGUUUAGGAUUUUUGUUCUUUGUUGUUGCACUUGCAUCCUCCUUCCUCCUCUUGGCACUGCAAUUUCUGGUUUAUUUUUAUCAAUAGUCAUCAUUAA